GACCGAACCAAACCAGAGAUGAAAUACACUUUCUUCACCGAAAAUAAGCGACUAGUAUUUUUGGUAUUCUUCCGGGCACACACAACGACCAAUCACCAUUCAACGCCAACACGCGAAUAGUCACACUGAAUUUGUUGUCAACAAACAUGUCGCUGAUUAAAAAUUUAGUUAAAGAAACGGAAAACAAGCCCCGAAAGAAGAAAAAGAAUGCCGGAUCCGACGACAGUGAUUCUGGGGAAAAAGACAAGCCAUUGGGGCCGUUCAUUAAAACGGCUACGGAUUUACAAAGAUUGAAGCUGGAAAAACUUAUGAAAAAUCCUGAAAAGCCAAUUAUUAUACCAGAGCAGCGCCGAGAGCGCGACUACAUGUCCUCUGUGCCCACAUUUGUGCGUAAUGUGAUGGGCAGCAGCGCUGGUGCGGGCUCCGGCGAGUUUCAUGUCUAUCGCCAUCUGCGACGCAAGGAAUAUGCACGCCAAAAGAAUAUACAAAAUCAAAGCCUACGCGAAGCUGCUGAUGAUGCGUAUCAACAGAAAUUGGAUAAUAAUAAACGAGCUGCCGAGGAGCGCACGGCAAAAAAACGCGCAAAGCGCUUGAAGAAAAAACAACGGGCAAAACGUCCACGCGAACAAAAACCAAGCGAAGACAAAAAGCCAGACAGUGAGUCCAGUGGAAGUGCCUCAGAAGCCGAAGCUGAGGUGAAUACUGCAGCUGAGGAGUUGCCGGCGCAAGACAGAGAAGUGGCGAGCGUUACACAAGCAACAGAAGACAUGGCUGAGGAGCCAGCGAGUGCGCCAGCUUCAAACCCCGACGCAGAAAUGGAAGCGGCUCCUAGAGUGAACGAAGCGGAAACAGUUGCAACUGCAGCUUCUGGAACGCAAGGAACGGAAACAGUUGCGACUGCAGCUUCUGGAACGCAAGAAAUGGAAACAGUUGCAACUGCUGCUUCUAAACCGCAGGCUGCAGCAGAAAUCGAAGCCUCCCAGCCAGAGAAUUGACCUAAUUUAAAUAUUUUGUAUGCAUAUAUAAACAAAUAUAGCUUAUGGUUUAUAAGUGAAACAAAUUUGUGGAUUUAUUCAUGUUAUGUAUGUAUAUAUAUAUAUAUCAAUCUAUAUUAACCAGCGAUAAAACUGCCAUUAAAGUAAUAAUUGGCUAAUUAUCGAUUGCAUGUGUGCUUUAUCGGUUUAUCGUGAUAAUAGGCCAACAUUUUAAAGCAGCUUUGGUGAUAAGAGAAGCGUUUCGUUUUUUGUAUUUUUGUUUAAUUGUAAUUCCCAUAACUUAUGCUAAAAAAUAGGUGCUUCAAAUACGAGAGUAGUGUAUAAUCGACUGCGUUCGACUAUGCAAUACCCUGUACCCAGUUCUCGCAAGCAAAUGUAACACUCAAUUCAUGGAUGGAUCUGGCGCAAUAUCAAUAUGGGUACAGAGCAUUUAAAAUGUCAUCAAUUGUUGAUUUUGUCGUUUUUCUGUUUCUUGAAGAAGCAAAUUUUAUUGUUUACAAAUGGUUUUUGUUUUCUUGUUUGUUUAAAUCCACAAUCCGGUUCUGCUUCUUAAUUUCUGCAUGUUUGUGUGUCUACACGAAAUUUGCAAUGUUCCACAAAUAUUUAAUAAUGUAUACAUAUAUACUACUAUAUUUUGCCUUUGCACUUAUGAACAAUAAAAUUAAAAUUAAAUUUGCAGCAUUUUCACUAAAGUAAAUUAUAUUUUUGAACUUAAAGCAAACUUAAACUUGUACACAUUUUAUAUAGUUUUAUUUGUAUUGUUUGUUGUUUGUGGUUUUGUUUAGAUCCUUUAGCAAAAAAGAACUCAAAACGUCCAAGCUGUAUUCAUAAAUGUUUGUAAAAGCGUUGUUGAUUGUUAUUCUUUCAGAUAAAAAUUACCUCAAAUUUCAUAAAAGUAAAAUUUCAAGUAAUUAAUAACAAAUUUGCCUUCCAUUAGAAAUCGUUCGCUCUGCGUUAUAAUAAUAGUAUAUUUAGAAGAGGGAAAAUACUUUUGUUUGUUGCUGCUUUUGUUGUUGUGGUUGAGUUUUCUGUUCUUAUAUUGCGCGAGGGUGUGGCAUACAUUUAUCUAUAUUAUUAUGCGCUUAUAUGCAACAAAAUUCAGAGACGACAACAUCAUAUAGUAUCGUAUUUUCGCUAUAAAGUCUAUUAAGACUGUGUUGAGUGACAUUGCAACAUUUGGAUUUUGACAAAUACAUUUUAAGUCGUACAAUUGUUUUUUGUGUAUGCGUAUUUUCAUAAUAUAUCGUUUUUCAAAUUGGUUUUCCACACUGACAAGAAAAC